AUGAUGGCAUCCAAGCUACUGUUCCUGGCUGUGGCGAGUGGUUUGGCUUUGGCCACCCCUCCCCAGCAUAAUCAAACAGAUCCUUUGGUGGCUUCUCAGAUUUUGAGCGACCCCUAUGCCUAUGAUUUCCCUCGUCUAGGUGCCGAUGGGGCCUCCCUGUUCCCGAUGCGUCGGUGCAACGGGUUCAAGCUUGAAGAGGCCAGCAUCGAUGAUAUCCAGAUGCAGCUGGAAGGUGGCAACCUGACCAGUGUGGAGCUUCUGCAAUGCUAUUUGGAGCGUAUCUAUCAAACAGACUCGUAUCUGAGGGCCAUCCUGCAAAUCAACCCAGAUGCUUUUCAGAUCGCUAGAGCUCUCGACGCCGAGCGCGCCAACGGCAAAGUUCGCGGUCCCCUUCAUGGAAUCCCAUUCAUCGUGAAGGACAACAUCGCCAGCAAGGACCGUCUGGAGACCACGGCCGGUAGCUGGGCGCUUCUGGGCUCCGUCGUUCCCCGUGACUCCUAUGUUGUUCACAAUCUGCGCUCCGCCGGUGCUCUCCUCCUGGGCAAGGGCGCUCUGAGCGAGUGGGCCGACAUGCGCUCUAACAACUACUCCGAAGGUUUCACUGGCCGUGGGGGUCAGUGCCGCAGCGCUUACAAUUUGACCGUCAACCCCGGUGGAAGUAGCUCCGGGCCUGGAGUUGCCGUCGGUGCUAACCUGGUCCCCUUCGCUUUGGGCACGGAGACGGAUGGCAGUGUUAUCAACCCUGCGCAGAGAAACUCUAUCGUCGGCAUCAAGCCCACCGUCGGGUUGACGUCGCGCGCGGGUGUUAUCCCCGAAUCCCUACACCAAGACACGAUAGGCACAUUCGGAAAGACCGUUCGCGAUGCUGUCUACGCUCUAGACGCGAUCUACGGCAUCGACCAGCGCGAUAACUACACUCUCGCGCAGAAGGGGAAGACUCCGAACGGCGGGUACGCCCAAUUUUUGACCAACAAGACUGCCCUCACGGGCGCCGUUUUCGGUCUUCCAUGGGAGUCGUUCUGGAGCCUCGGUGACCCCGACCAGAUCAGUCAGCUCCUGGAGCUAGUCGAUUUGAUCAAGGAGGCCGGCGCGACCGUGAUCAACGGAACCGAACUCCCUCACUACAAGACCAUUGUGUCCCCUGACGGCUGGAACUGGGAUUACGGCGGCACGCGCGGUUUCGCCAACGAGUCCGAAUACACCUACAUCAAGGCGGACUUCUACAACAACCUCCGAGACUACCUAGCCGAAGUCAACAACACCAAUAUCAAGUCCGUCGAGGACCUGGUGCAGUACAACCUCGACAACUACGGCUCCGAGGGCGGCUACCCCAACAUCCACCCUGCGUUUGGAUCCGGACAAGACGGCCUGAUCGCGUCGCUGGAGAGCAAGGGAAUCAUGAACGAGACGUACUUCCAGGCUUUGGAAUUCUGCCAACGCACGACCCGCGAGGAAGGCAUCGAUGCGGCCCUGAAGUACAAGAACCAGACCCUCGACGGGCUGCUCGUUCCGCCCGAUGUGGCGCAGAGUAUCCAGAUUGCGGCUCAGGCUGGGUAUCCGGCCAUCACGGUCCCGGCUGGCGUGGGUAAGGAGUCCGGCAUGCCGUAUGGAUUGGCGAUCUUGAAUACCGCGUUCUCCGAGUCGACUUUGGUGCGGUAUGCUAGUGCUAUCGAGGACUUGCAGAAGAGCACGGGGACUAAGUGGCAGCGUUCAUUGCCUGAGUGGCGGGGAUAUCUGGUUCGGAAUUUGCCUGUUAUCAUGUGA